AUGACGGACAAAGGACCCAUACGGCCGGACAGUGGUGACACCAGCCCUGUCAGACCAAUGCAAUCCCUCGACGGGAGCGGUCUGUUGACACUGGAAGGGCAACCAAUCAAACAAAACACAGACAAUGCUGGCAGCCGGAUCUACGGAGGAGUUCAUUGCAAGUUUAUGGCGACCGUUGCCCGUCGCAAUGGAACACCCAUCCACGACAGCCACUGUAGUGCCUCAAAGAGCGCCGACCAACCAAUCACAACCAACAUCAAUUUGACCUACGCCACCACUAUGACAGGUGGGGACCAGCACCUGGUCCCCCGCUACCAUUCUACCCACUACACAACUGCCGUCCACAGGUCAUCAGUCUUCCCCGAUGGCCAGCAUGUCGCACAUCCCGCUGUUCGCUCAGCAACCAGCGUUCAACCCAUACUUAUACCACUACCAAGGUGCGUAUCCCCAAACAAUCUAGUCGCAAAGUCACAACAGUCAAGCCACACUAGUGCAAGAAAUGAGCUCACAUACUACGGGGCCAACAAAUUUAAGUUCACAACCGAGCCAACUGAUGCAUACAUAUUCCACAUAGGCACCAUACAUACCACAAAGACCACCCUCAACCCACGGGCAAAGCAACAACGGGCGAUCACCACCUGGGCUAGCGUCCACAUUCCAAGAAGGCGGCGCACAAUAGUAAUCACUACCCAGAUCCAGUACAGGAGGAAAAGUUGCGACCCCCAUGCAAACAGCCUGGGGGGAGAAUGGCACGACAGCAACAACAUUACCAUGCCAGAAACAUCGAGGAUAGUUAGCAUGAACACCAAGCGAGGCUGGAUACCGCUAAGCCUGCCAACAUGCAAUCACACAACGACGGACCAGAGCAUGGAAAAAGAGCAAACAACAGGGCAUAUCCAUAAAGUCUCGCAGCUCGAACAGAAACGCAAGGGGGAAACCGCUAAAGCCGGAGCAGCGAAGGUAGGUAACUACCCCAGAAAGGAAGAUGUCGACAUAAGACCCACCACAGUCGUAAGGGUCCACAACUGGCAAAGGCUUCCUUCAGGACGACAUCUAGUCGGGAAGCUCGCAAACAAAAAAGGGAACAUCGAACCACAAUAG